CCGCGCUGCCGUGAGGGCUCCCCGCGCUGCCGUGAGGGCUCCCCGCCAUGUUCAUCUACCUGUGCAAGAAGAUUGGAGUUCCUGGUAAUGUUCGAUUAAAAUGUAUUUCCUGGAAUAAGACCCAAGGUUUCUUAGCCUGUGGUGGAGAGGAUGGAUUACUGAAAGUUCUAAAAUUAGAUACACAGUCAGAUGAAGCGAAGAUAAAGGGAAUAGCAUCUCCUAACAACAUUUCUGUGACUCAAACUCUUGAAGGUCACAGUGGUUUUGUGCAGGUUGUGACAUGGAAUGAACAGUAUCAAAAAUUGACUACCAGCGAUCAAAAUGGCCUCAUCAUUGUGUGGAUGCUGUACAGAGGUUCUUGGUAUGAGGAGAUGAUUAACAACAGAAAUAAAUCAGUGGUUCGAAGUAUGAGCUGGAAUGCUGAUGGACAGAAGAUUUGUAUUGUAUAUGAAGAUGGAGCUGUGAUUGUUGGAUCAGUGGAUGGCAAUCGCAUUUGGGGAAAAGACUUGAAAGGUAGCCACCUGUGCCACGUGGCCUGGUCCUCUGAUAGCAGAAUUUUACUCUUUGGAAUGGCAAAUGGAGAGAUUCACAUUUAUGACAGUCAGGGAAAUUUUAUGGUGAAAAUGAAGCUGAGUUGUUUGGUGAACUUAACUGGAGCCUUCAGCAUUGCUGGGAUACAGUGGUACCACGGUACCCAAGGCUACAUUGAACCCAACUGCCCUUGCCUUGCUGUCUGCUAUGACAAUGGGAGAUGCCAGAUAAUGAGAGAUGAGAAUGACUACAAUCCUGUUUUGAUUGACACUGGUAUCAAUGUGGUGUGUGUUCAGUGGAACUCCAAUGGAAGCGUUCUGGCAGUGGCAGGCUCCCUCAAGGCAGCUUCUCAAGACAAAGAUGUCAAUGUUGUGCAGUUCUACACUCCCUUUGGUGAGCACUUACGUACACUGAAAGUUCCUGGCAAACAGAUUUCUUCCUUGGCCUGGGAGAGAGAUGGACUGAAAAUUGCACUGGCUGUUGAUCAUUACAUAUAUUUUGCAAACAUUCGUCCGCGUUACAAGUGGGGUUACUGUUCCAAUACCGUUGUUUAUGCCUAUACCCGAGCGGAUCGCCCAGAGUGCUGUGUCGUUUUUUGGGACACAAAGAACAAUGAGAAACAUGUGAAAUAUGUCAGGAGCCUGAUUUCCAUAACAACUUACGGGGACUUCUGUGUUUUAGCAACUAAAGCAGAUGAAAACCAGCCUCAGGAGGAGCAUGAGACAGAGUCAUUUGGUGGCAUGUAUGUGCUGGUUCUCUGCAAUUCUAUUGGCACACCCUUGGACCCAAAAUACAUUGAUAUUGAGCCGUUGUUUGUCACGAUGACCAAAACGCACGUGAUCGCGGCUUGCAAAGACGCCUUUUACGUCUGGCAGUAUCGGGUGGCCAAGAAGCUCACAGCCAUGGAAAUCAAUCAGCUGGCACGGACCAGGAAAGAAGGCAGGGAAAGGAUCUAUCAUAUUGAUGACACCUCUUCAGGGUCUGGAGAUGGACCCCUUGAUUACAGCAGAGCUUUUGAAGGAACAAGAGAUCCAAUUUGUGCAAUAACAGCAUCUGAUAAGAUACUACUUGUGGGAAGAGAAUCUGGCAUUAUUCAGAGGUACAGCCUCCCUUGUGUGGCUGUGGUGCAGAGCUAUACCCUGGACUGUCGUGCCUAUCAGCUGUCUUUGAACUGCAACUCCAGCCGCCUUGCUAUCAUAGACCUGUCAGGGGUUCUGACCUUCCUGGAGCUGGACCCGCGGGCUGCAGACAGCACGGGGCAGCAGGAGAGGGGAGAGCAGCUGAAGCUGGAGCGCAAGGACGUCUGGGACAUGAAAUGGGCCAGGGACAACCCAGACUUGUUUGCAAUGAUGGAGAAAACAAGGAUGUAUGUUUUCAGAAACUUGGAUCCGGAGGAACCUAUACAAACAUCUGGAUAUAUUUGCAACUUUGAAGAUUUAGAAAUCAAGUCUGUUCUUCUGGAUGAAAUAUUAAAGAAUCCUGAGCAUCCUAACAAAGAUUACAUCAUCAAUUUCGAGAUUCGGUCAUUACGAGACAGUCGAGCAUUGAUUGAAAAAGUUGGCAUUGAGGAAUCUUCCCAAUUCAUAGAAGACAAUCCACAUCCCAGACUUUGGCGACUCCUGGCUGAAGCUGCUCUUCAGAAGCUGGAUCUGCAGACGGCCGAACAAGCUUUUGUGCGUUGCAAAGAUUAUCAAGGCAUUAAGUUUGUGAAGCGCCUGGGCAAUCUGCAGAGUGAGUCCAUGAAGCAAGCAGAAGUGGCAGCCUAUUUUAGCAGAUUUGAAGAAGCUGAAAGAAUGUAUCUGGAUAUGGACAGAAGAGAUCUUGCCAUUGGGCUGCGGAUCAAACUGGGCGAUUGGUUCCGGGUGCUGCAGCUGCUGAAGACGGGCUCGGGGGACUCGGACGAUGCCCUCCUGGAGCAGGCACACAACGCCAUCGGAGACUACUUCGCAGACCGGCAGAAAUGGUUAAAUGCUGUACAGUACUAUGUGCAAGGACAAAACCAGGAACGUUUAGCUGAAUGUUACUACAUGCUAGAAGACUACCAAGGACUGGAGAAUUUGGCCAACUCACUUCCAGAGAAUCAUAAAUUGCUCCCUGAUAUAGCUUAUAUGUUUGUGAGAGUGGGGAUGUGUGAGCAAGCUGUGUCAGCCUUUCUGAAAUGUAAUCGACCAAAGGAUGCUGUGGAUACCUGUGUGCAUCUCAACCAGUGGAAUAAAGCUGUGGAGCUGGCUAAAAAUCACAAUAUGAAAGAGAUUGGUUCCUUGUUAGCCAGAUACGCAAGUCAUUUACUGGAAAAGAAUAAAAUCCUUGAUGCUAUAGAACUCUAUCGUAAAGCCAAUUACUUCUUUGAAGCUGCUAAACUCAUGUUCAAGAUUGCAGAUGAAGAGUCAAAGAAAAGGACGAAGCCUUUGCGAGUUAAAAAGCUUUAUGUGCUUUCAGCCUUACUUAUGGAACAGUGUCAUGAACAAAUGCAGAAUGCACAAAGGGGAAAAGUUAAAGAGAAAAGUUCAGAGAGUGCUUCAGCUUUGGCUGGUUUGCUGGAAGAAGAUGUUCUUUCUUCAACUAAUCGCUUUGCAGACAAUGCUUGGCGAGGAGCUGAGGCUUACCACUUCUUCAUACUUGCACAAAAACAGCUCUAUAAAGGUUCUGUAGAUGCAGCACUUAAAACAGCUCUUCAUUUGAGAGAUUAUGAAGACAUUAUCCCUGCAGUUGAAAUCUAUUCCCUUUUGGCACUCUGUGCAUGUGCAAACAGAGCGUUUGAUACUUGUUCAAAAGCCUUUGUUAAAUUAGAAUCCUUGGAAACUCUUAAGCCAGAGCAGAGGCAACAGUAUGAAGACCUUGCUCUAGAGAUAUUCACAAGAUAUAGACCAAAAUGUAACAAAAAACCUGAUCUGGAUGAUGUUCUUGAGAGUGGAGAUGGUAAACUUCCUGUGUGUGUUGCCACAGGAGCCCCUAUCCUGGAGUAUCGAUUCUGGAUGUGCAGUGUGUGCAAGCACUGUAUGAAAGCCAAAGAAGCAGGCCAUUAUAAUGCCUGUCCUCUGUGCCACAGCACAGUAAGCUGAGGAUAAAGCCUCUGUAUCUGCAUUUGAGUGCUAAAAACAGCCUCUGAAAUGAUACUAUCUUUUGAAAUGCAACUCAGGUACUGUAUUGUAGCAGUUAGUGCUGCUAUUAGAGAAAAAAAACAAAAAACCAAAGCCAAAACGGAAAACCCACAAGAGCAACCUUUACUGCUUCCGUUUAUCUGAAGAAAUGACGGUGUAAAUAGAUUCCAUUUUUUGCUACACUUUAAAAAAAGGUUUAAGGUAAAAGCAUUCUUUUUGAAUUGUAUACUGAGCCUAGUUUCAAAACCAUGUGAGUUAAAUGUAGGCUCAUAUCAAUAUGUUCUACUCUGAGAAGGCUCCAUUUUUUGUCUAAUUCCAUAGGAAAUUACCGUGUUUUCUCAGAAUUCACAGUUUUUGGAAGGAAGUGAUUCCUGAGUUGAAAUUAUUUCACAAUAAUUUUGAUAAUAUUAUCAUAUAUGUUUUAGUACUACUGUUUAGAGUUACUAGAGUGAUACCAGUAUAGGCAUAUCUUAGUGCUGUUUUCUUUUGCCAAGUGUAUUUAACCCACCACAACAAUAAAGGGCUUGAAAACAUGCAGCAGUCAGUGUGUCAGUUGGGUUCCUGAGCUUAGGUGAUGUCAUCUUCAACAAGUUCAGGAACCCUCCAUGGACUUGCAACCUAGAACUUGGCAUUUUUCAUGCAGCUUGAGAGAGCAGCCUGCAUCUGCUGAACAGAUUUCGGGAAGUGUCACCCUUGUUACACACAAAGGUCCAAGGAACGAUGUCUCGCUGUCCUGCCUCACUGCUGGCUCAGGCCU